CCUGUCCAAUGGGAGUAAAAAUGCUGUUUUGAGUUUCCCUUAAUAAUGUUAGCUUCACUUGUUCGCAUUGACAACCACGGCGCCUGUACUUUGAAAUCCUCGUAGUUGUUGCAUUUGCAUUACAUUGAAAGCGAUAACCGGAAGCUUUGCUGCAUGUGUACUAUAAUUUGACUGUGGUACGCUUCAUCCAGAGAGAGGCUCUGGUGUUUUUGGUCCUAGCCGACCCCGCUGAGCAAUAUGACCGCUAAGAAGUCUGGCUCACGACUGGAGACCGAGAUAGAGCGGUGUCGUUCAGAGGGACAAUGGGAUAAAAUACCGGAGUUAGUUCGGCAACUCUCGGCUAAACUGAUAUCAAACGAUGACUUAGGGGAGCUGUUGCUGGGGGAAUGCAAGCUUCAGACGUACUUGAAGGAGAAUCCAAUCAAACAGGGUUCCAGCCCUAGAGGCCCACGACCAAAACUUGUAGAGGUCAGGAAGCACCUCACUGCUGCUCUGGACAGGGGAAACCUCAAGGCACAUUACCUCCAGGAGGCGAGUCUUCUAAUGGCCAAGCUCAGCUAUGUAGAGGCAGAAUACACAGAUGCUUUAGGUCAGUACAACAGGGUGAAUCUGGAUGACAUGCAGCUGUCUGGAGCCCCUGUGUACAGGCUCUCCAUGAUAGCAGAGGCCUAUGCCACUAAAGGCUUGUGCCUCGAGAAAGUGCCAACCGUCUCUCCAUUGCUGUCCAACCAGAAUGCCGGGUCUCCCUCCACUAAUAGGAGCAGACCUGAGCGAGAGCAGGAAAUCAUCACCUGCUAUGAAAAAUCUGGAGAUAUUGCUCUGCUCUACCUGCAGGAGGCUGAAAAGGCUUUGUCAGCUGGAAUUCAGAACCGCAGCCCAAAGCCUGGCCCAGCUUCCCAGGACCAGGAACUGGGUUACUUCCUGGAGACAGGCCUGCAGAGGGCCCAUGUCAUCCACUUCAAGAAUGGAAACCUGACGCAAGGUGUCGGACGAUUUCGAGAAAUUCUUCGAGCUGUUGAAACCAGGACAACACAGAACCUGCGCAUGACCAUAGCAAGACAGCUUGCAGAGAUCUUGCUCCGAGGGAUGUGUGAACAGAGUUACUGGUCGCCUGUGGAAGACCCGCCCACUGUGUCGCCGCUGGACGAUCCCACACGGCAAGGACACAUCCAAAGCAAGAAGUACAGCUUAAGUCGGCGCCCACGGGUGUACUCUGGAGAGAAUCUGUUUUGCCCUCAGGAGAACACAGAGGAAGCAUUAUUGCUGCUCCUCAUCAGUGAGUCCAUGGCUAAUCGCGAUGCAGUCCUGAGCAGGAUCCCUGAACACAAUAAUGAUCGAAUCAUCAGUUUACAGUCCGCCUCUGUAGUAUAUGACCUGCUUACAAUAGCACUUGGCAGGAGGGGACAGUAUGAGAUGCUAUCUGAGUGUUUGGAGCGGGCCAUGAAAUUUGCCUUUGAGGAGUUCCAUUUGUGGUACCAGCUUGCCUUGUCUUUAAUGGCUGCUGGAAAAUCCGCCCGUGCUGUUAAAGUUCUAAAGGAGUGUAUUCGUCUAAAGCCGGAUGACCCCACCAUCCCACUGCUGGCUGUCAAACUGUGUAUCGGACCUCUACACUGGUUGGAUGAGGGUGAGUGCUUUGCCAAGAUGGUGAUUGACAUGGGGGAGAAGGCGGCGGAGUUCAGAGCCAAGGGCUACUUGGCCGUUGGACUGGUUUAUAGCCUCAAAGCCACUGACGCAUCACUGCGAAGCACACAAGAAGAAUAUCAGAGGAAAGCUUUGGGAGCAUUUCAGAGAGCACAAAGUCUGUCUCCAACGGACCAUUUAGCAGCCUUCUACCUUGCACUGCAGCUCGCUGUGUCCAGACAGAUUCCCGAGGCGUUGGGCUAUGUUCGACAGGCAUUACAGCUUCAAGGGGAUGACGUUCACUCCCUCCACCUACUGGCUCUGCUGCUUUCAGCACAGAAACACUACCACGAUGCUCUCAAUAUCAUCGAGAUGGCCCUUUCUGAAUAUCCUGAGAACUUCAACUUGCUGUAUACCAAGGUGAAGUUGGAGAGCAUGUGCAGAGGACCAGAAGAAUCCUUGCUCACCUGUAAACACAUGUUGCAGAUCUGGAAGAGCUUUUACAACCUUACAAACCCCAGUGACUCAGGGCGAGGCAGCAGUCUGUUGGAUAGAACUGUAGCAGACAGAAGACAGCUCAACGCCAUGACUCUGCCAGACUUCAGUGACCCAGAAACUGCCUCAGGUUCUUCCUCCUCUCAUACUGGGUCUGAACCAAUGUCCCCCACGUCCCCCUCCACCAUAUCCACGCUGUCCUCUCCGCUCUCCUCUCCAUCCUCUCCCGUUUUCAUUUUUCAGCCUUCUCCUCCCCCCAAACAGUCUUCUUUCUUCUCCACUCCUCCCCCUCCUCCCGCAUCAUGUCUUCCUCCUACUCCCCUGAUGACCACCAAAGCCAGGCCUCCCUCCAUUUGCAACCACAUCCCCGUUCGCCAACUCUCCUCCAACUCCAACGUGCCUCUAGGCGGCCUUCAGGACGCUAACACUCUUGGUUUUUCUUCCAUGUUUUCUGUUUGUUCUGUACAUGCUACAUCAAUAGCGGCUAGCCGCGUGGAGCAGGCGCUGUCGGAGGUGGCGUCUUCCCUGCAGAGCAGUGCACCCAAGCACGGACCCCUGCACCCCUGGAUGACACUAGCCCAGAUUUGGCUGCAUGCAGCUGAGGUUUACAUCGGCAUGUCCAAGCCUGCUGAGGCGUCGGCCUGCACACAAGAAGCCGCCAACCUCUUCCCCACGUCCCACAAUGUGCUGUUCAUGAGGGGCCAGAUAGCAGAGCUCAGGGGCAGCGUGGAUGAGGCUAAACGCUGGUACGAAGAAGCCCUGUCCAUCAACCCAACGCACGUCAAAACCAUGCAGAGAUUGGGUUUGAUUCUCCAUCAGCUUCAACGCUAUAGUUUGUCAGAAAAAGUACUGAGGGAUGCUGUGCAGGUCAACAGUACGGCUCAUGAUGUGUGGAACAGUCUCGGCGAGGUGUUGCAGGCUCAAGGGAACGCGGCUGCCGCCACGGAGUGUUUCCUCACCGCUUUGGAGCUGGAGGCCAGCAGCCCCAUCCUGCCAUUCACCAUCAUUCCGAGAGCACUAUGAGUACAAUCGAAGUACUCCACAAUACAUACGGACUUACUGCAAACAUAAACAGCAUGUCUGCAUGCCACUUGCACACAAGCUGCACAACACUGGUGCAUGUUCAGACACACACACACACACACACACACACACACACAUGUUUUGUAUAUGUGUAUAGAUGUUUGUGUGUGUGAUUUUACUUGUGAUGCAAUUGGAGUUCCAACUUCCUACAUGAAGAGUUUACAUUGUGUUUCUAGGUAGUUGAAGCACUGAGAAUAAGUAGUGUACUACAAAUGUAGCUUAAAUCCUGUCGCCAAACUCCUCUAAUUGCCAAAAUACGCACUCCUAUCUACACAAACACACACUUUCCUGUCCGCGGUUUGAAAUUCAAGUGCGUUGAAUUCGUAUGUACAAGUUCCUGUUAUGUAACCACGCGUCCCCCAUCUUGUAUUAUCGGAUUGUUCCCUUGUAUGUUUUGGUAUUCUGGUUCCCGGGUUGACUUGACAAACCGGUUUUAGAAAAAGCAGUCAUGAUACACAAGAAGUCACCUUGGGCUCAUAUCGCCACGUUGGUUGUAAAAGCAGUAUUUUGUCGCACAGAAGCAUAUUUGCCAGAAAUAGCCUUUUCAAUUAAAAUGAAACAUGAUUAAGUUGGAAUUGAAAGUAAGGCUAACUAGGCUGCUAAUCAGACGACAAACCGAUAAAAAAAUGGGUUUUAUCUUCAAAGACAUCUCCAGUUCAGAUGUUUAAUGCUGGUAUAUUCGAUUAUGUCAUGUACUUACAUGGAUGUCAUCAUGCACUGAGAUGAUGGUGUGUUUUCCUUUAUCCUGUAAUAUGACUGGACUGAGGAUGUUCAUAAUAAAAGUACAUUGUGUUUCUGAUAAUGUGGUGCUGGUG